CACGCAACAAGAAAGAAAAGAAAGGAGGUUGAAUGCAGGUGACCCAUGCCAUGGCAUGCUUGGAUGAGACGGAAUGAUCACGAAAACCUUCUUCAGCAACACUGACUAACUUUGGAACGUGCCUAUCAUUCUUCACGCUUCGAUACGUGUUUGAACAGCACCGGGAUUCUCUAGUUCUUCCCUGUUUCCCUGAUAUGGAUCGAGAAGACGCUCUUGUAACGUCAGCGUCCGAAAUCGGAGAGCUUCGACCUCACGAAUCAACUGGCUCAAGCCCUGAUGUUGCCGUGCUGGCUAAAAACAGUGCCAGUGAGGACUCGUCCAGCGAUUCUGAGGAGCUGCUUGUGCCAAGAUCUCGUAAAAAUCAUAGCAAGAGAAAACGUGCUACAGAACCUGCAGCAAAGACUAGCCCAGUUGUGAACGAACAGCAGGAUCCAGAUCACGAUAAGCGUCAACAGGGUUUGGCGGGACAGGGCAGUCUACCUGUGAAUGCUGGCUCAAGUGAAAGUAUUGACAGGCGGGACGGUGAAGAGUCAGAGAGUUCUGCUGCAGCUGCAGUCUCAAUUUCUUCCCAUGACUCUCUACCUUCGAGCACAGUUGCUGCUGCUGCAGGGAGUGUGUCUGGCAAUGAAGGGAGGGCAGAUUGUUCUGUCAGUGGUACGUCCUUGUCAUCAUCUCGCGAGUCACUUGGAGUCGGUUCUGCUCCAGUAGCCAUCACUGCAACUACCCAUGAUGCUGGUGUUUGUAGUGCUGGUCAAGACCAGUCUCAUGCGCAGCACAGGCAAUCAACACCAACCCAGAAAGGCAGCAGUACCAUGUGUGAUCCUGCGGAUCAACUGACCCCAACACCGGACAGAGUAAUGAGUAACAGCAACGCAACACCAACCUGCUCCACACCGACGGAUACACCUCUCAAACUUGAUCGACCUCUUGUCGUGCACACCCCAUCUAAUACCGCUUCUGGCGCUAGCUGGCUGGCACAAGGUCUGACCACUCCAUGCGAAGUAGUCGAUGUGUCAUCGCAUAAUAUUUCUGAAGAUGUAGAUACGGCUGAUGAGGCUGAGGUGGACAUCACAACGCAAAUAGCCAGCGCUACUGACACCUCAUCACCGGUAGACGCGGCAUUACUCCGCGAUCUAGAGCGACGCGCACAUUUCGUGGCAGGCGAUCUGACGCAUCUGAUGGGCAAUAUGUCAAUGAACCUUCACGCGAUGUCGGCGGUCUCGUCAAGAUGUAUGGAGGCGUACAGGGAAUCUAUCGAUGAUCUCGGUGUCAACGUGGACGAGAGUAUCAAGUCCAUGUAUUUGCUGAUCGCAAAGUGUGAGUCCAUCAGCAACGACAUGAAACCCAUCUACAGCUUGGCCGAUCAAAUCAAAAGUAUCAAGCGAACACUAGCUGUGUUUGAGCAAAUGUGCAAGUGACGAGGCCAGUGGCGAAUUCAGGCUUCACAUCCAAAUACAACCUUCGUAAUUCUCUUUCCCCUGCUUGAGUCAGUGAGACUAACUAACUAUGCAUUUCUGUCUAUCGUGGAUUUAUAUUUUCAUUCGCAAAAACUGAACACACCAAAUGCUUUGCUAUCAUGCUGAAAACAUACUCCUUUUUAAAGUUUCCUCCUCGGAAGAAUGAUCAACUCUCUCAAACUAUUAGGGAGCAUCUCAUAAGUUCACACUUUUUUUGUAAACGUAACGCAUUUCGAAUAGACUUUACCCCCCUACCUCCCCCCUCUAUCCGAAAGUCUUAUCGCACAUUUUCUAAUACUGAUUACUACACUGUGCAUAUCCAUGGCCCAUGCCAUGGAUGUCAAAGAGGUUUGUUGGUGAAUGGCAUACAUAACAGUCA